CUUUAUGCUAGGGUUUGUGGGAUUGGCCUCCGAAGUGAAUACUGAAAUAUAUAACGAGGAAUCCAACCAAUAGCAGAGUUGUCUGGCUGUGUCUUCCUCGGUUUCACUUCCACUGCCACUGACGACGGCGAGCAAUCCCCCGGCCCAGUAGCAGCCAUGGUUCACGUCAGUUUCUAUCGCAACUAUGGGAAGACCUUCAAAAAGCCUCGGCGUCCAUAUGAGAAGGAGCGUUUGGAUGCUGAGUUGAGGCUUGUUGGAGAAUAUGGACUCAGAUGCAAGAGGGAGCUUUGGAGGGUCCAGUAUGCAUUGAGCCGUAUUCGUAAUAAUGCUAGAAUGCUUCUAACUCUUGAUGAGAAAGACCCUCGUCGUAUCUUUGAGGGUGAAGCCCUCUUGCGCAGGAUGAACAGGUAUGGACUUUUGGAAGAGAGUCAAAACAAGCUCGAUUAUGUCUUGGCUCUGACUGUGGAGAACUUUCUUGAACGCCGCCUGCAAACACUCGUCUUCAAGACAGGCAUGGCCAAGUCAAUUCACCAUGCUCGCGUGCUCAUUAGACAGAGGCACAUCAGGGUUGGAAGGCAGGUAGUUAAUGUUCCUUCAUUUUUGGUGAGAGUUGAUUCCCAGAAGCACAUUGACUUUUCAAUCACCAGUCCAUUUGGUGGCGGGCGUGCUGGAAGAGUCAAGCGUAAGAACCAGAAGGCAGCUGCAAAGAAAGCUGCUGGUGGUGAUGGUGAUGAAGAAGAUGAAGAGUGAGCCAUUUCGUGUUAGAUGCCUUCUUUCUUUUACCCUCCAGAAGAUAGCCAUUACAUUUACAUCUGACUGCUAUUUGGAAUUUUGUCUUAUUAGAUUUUUCAGAAUCUAGUUUUGCUUCUUAGUAACGUGGAUUAUUAUUAUUGUGGUUAUGCUAUCGAUUCAUUCAGUGUGA